UGUUUAGAUGCUCCUGAAACCUGUCAGCCUGCCUGCGAGACCGAGCCUGCCACACCAAAAUACAGAGAUGCCCAGACCCAGUGGGAGGAUCCAUCACUGAUUGACCACCCAUACUGUUCAACAUCUCAGUCUGUUAAAGUAGAUAAGGCCACGCAGUGCGAGGAUCCUACUGUGACUAGCACCACAGUCAUUGAUGAUUCCAGGUCUCGGCUGUAUACAGGAGUGCGCAUGGUUCAAUUUUUCACCAUGGUGACGGCGUUGUUGCCUUUCAGUAAGCCAUCAAUUACCCUUCCUGUUGUAGACCAAAUCCUGAUGACCUUGAUGAAGCUAAAACUAAAUUUGAUAUUAGGAGAUAUUUCUCACCGUUUCAGUGUGUCUACAUCCACUGCGAGCAUUGUGAUUAGUCACUGGAUUUGUGUGAUGGGUGAACAGUUCAAAGUCCUGAUCCCCUGGCUUCCAAGAGAGACCAUUCGUGCCACCAUGCCCUUACCAUUUCAGAGGAACUACCCCCGAACCACCUGCAUCAUUGACUGUGCCGAAAGUGCCAUGCAGAGAGCAACAAACCAGGAUUCAAGGAGUGACACGUUCAGCCAGUAUAAAUCACGCAAUACUGUGAAAUAUCUUGUCGCUGUGGCCCCUAAUGGUCUAAUCAUGUUUAUAUCUGAGUCAUAUGCUGGCAGAAGCAGCGACAAGUUUAUCACCAUGGACAGUGGUUUCCUUGAUUAUCUUAGGGCUGGUGAUGAGGUCAUGGCGGACCGUGGGUUCACCAUUCGAGAUCUGUUUAAUGAAAGAAAGGUCAGUUUGAACAUCCCUGCAUUCACCUACAGGCGAAAGCAGUUGACCAAUGAAGAGAUAACGCGAACCAGGCGAGUAGCCAAUGUCCGUAUACAUGUGGAAAGAGCAAUCCAGAGACUAAAGGUCUUUAAAAUUUUAUCCCAGACCGUUCCAAUCAGCAUGGCAUGUAAACUGGACAAUAUCUUGAUCAUCUGUGCUGGCCUAGUUAACCUGAGAAGCCCACUGAUCAGAAUGCCUAAUGAGGUUUAAAAUCUUGCCUUGUAUCCCUGUGCACAAUAUUGUAAUUUGUUAAUUUUGUAACUGAUUUUUAUAGUGAUGUUAUUGUGUUCUUGUUUUGUACUUCACUUUUUAAUGUUAGA